AUGGACGCGGAGCUUAUCGAAGUGAGAAAGAGCAAUAAAAGGAAAGUGAUUGUAUCGAAUGAAACAAAGUCGAACCUGACGCACCUGCCUCGACACGAGUACGUGCCGGGGAUCGGUAUGGGCGUCGCGAAGUGCCCCUACGACCCGGCGGACAACUCCACGGCGCUGUGGGUGGAAAAAGGCAACCCUGGCUCACUGCCCGCUUUGUACUCCGGCACCAACGCCGAAUUCACAAAGGCUGACACGGUCAUUUUUAGAACCGACCUACACAACCUUACUACGGGCAGACGGGAGUUUUCCUUCAAGCGAACUCUCAAAUACGAUUCCAAAUGGCUGGACAAACCGAACUUCGUUGGAUCCUUCGACGUUGGCGAAUACGUCUUGUUCUUCUUUCGUGAGACAGCGGUAGAAUACAUAAACUGUGGAAAGGCAGUCUACUCCCGAGUAGCAAGAGUCUGCAAACGUGAUACUGGGGGCAAGAAUAUACUCAGCCAGAACUGGGCUACUUAUCUGAAAGCCAGACUCAACUGCAGUAUUCCUGGAGAGUUUCCAUUCUACUUUAAUGAAAUACAAAGCAUUUACAAAGUACCUGGUGACGAUAACCGCUUCUAUGGAGUCUUCACCACCGCAUCCACUGGUCUGAUGGGAUCCGCAAUAUGCACUUUUACAAUAGGAGACAUCCAAAAAGCAUUUGAGGGUAAAUUCAAGGAGCAAGCCACGUCUAGCUCCGCCUGGCUGCCAGUUAUCAGCAGCAAAGUACCAGAACCCAGACCUGGCACCUGCGUCAAUGACACCUCGUCGUUGCCGGACACUGUUCUUAAUUUUAUACGAUCCCACCCGUUGAUGGAUAGCGCUGUGUCUCAUGAACACGAAAAGCCGAUUUACUACAAACGAGACCUGUUCUUCACGAGGCUGGUGGUAGACCGCGUCAAGGUGGACAUGAUGGGCCAUCAAUUGGAUUACACAGUCUACUAUGCUGGAACAAGUAAGUUAUAUUGA